UAGAUAAAUUGGAAGUUUAUCUACGAGACCUACAAGAAAAGGUUGGGGAGUUUUUGAAACAACUGGGAGCGUCAUUAAACGAAACUGCACGGAAAUUGAAAAACGCUGACGAUCAAACCAAACAAAGUUUGUCAGAUAUGUUACUGCAAACUCUGAAGCAUCUGGAAGACGUGUACGAAACAUUCCUUGUCUUACUUCAAACAGAACAAAUAAAAAGCUAUUUAUCAGACCUUCUUGGAUCAAUAUCCAGUUGGAUUUCAUCGUAUGAUGGUGACAAAAUGCAAGCUAAAGGAAUAGGGGCAGUUCAUGUGUUGAAAACACUCCAACAAAUUCAAGGUUAUUUAAAACAAGAACUUCCAAAGUUGGUGGGUAUGUGUUUCGCCAGUUCCAUCAGUGUUUCUUACCUGAAAGUUUACAUAACCUAA